AUGCUCGCUGUUCUCCCUUCUAUCUUUCUCUCCUCUCCUGCUUUGUCUUCCUCUCUUCUACAUGAUCCCUUCCUAUACCACCGCCUGCCCUUCAUCGAAGUCGGAGGCGUUCAGGACAACGAGAGGGUUGGUCUGGAUCUCAGCUGGCCGUCCAGCGGCCUUGGCUCAUACAACCCUCUCCGUCUUUCUCUCCGCACCUCUCCCUCCCAUGACGUCUACAUCGUCUCCGCCUCUACUCCCGGCCUCCCAGCAUCGGCUAUCAAGCUCGAGCUUGUAGGGUCAGACACCCUCACUUUCACCAUCGACGAGUCGAGAGGACUUAAGGAUGUCGGCGAGUCAACCUCCCCUAUCUCGCACUCGCACCUCCAGCAGUCUCUUCGUCUUCCUGGCCCUGUUGACCCCUCCAGGAUCCGCAUCGUCUACCGUGAUGGCCUCCUGACCGUCUACGCGCCACCAGCGGACGAAACGUCGGGCGGCCUCGAGGACGAGCCUGAGGUAGCGGCGCUCCAAGCUGAGGCCCAGCAGGCGAGGCUCAAGUAUCUUGCCCUCCUCGACCAACUCCGCGUCGCCAAACACCAAGCCGAUGAGGCCGAGAAUCGAGCCCGGUCUGCGCGUAAAGCCGCGGCUGCUGCUCGCUCCAAGAGGAGGGUUCAGCUCUCUGUCGGGGGCGAACGGGAGCCGCCGACCGCUCAAACUCUCGUGGACGUGAAGCCCGCGAGCCCUCAGCCUCCCGUUGCCCCCGCGACAGAUUCGUCGCCGACAGCCGCAGGUGCGACGGCAGAGGUGACUGACUCCGCCGUUCAAUGA